ACUUACGAUAAGCUCAUGCAAGUGCAGAAGCGGACAUUAGCGAAGAAGAAAAGGCGGAAGGCCUCCAGGCUGAGCACGAACGCCUUCUCUCCCUGCAACACAAAUUUAAUCAGAAGAUCCGUGAUCUCGAGCUGGCUAACGAAGAGAAGACUGGUCUUCUGCGCGCAGCACUACUCAACCGCAACAACCUGACACCAGAACUACUCGAGUUGAUGAAAGCCGAGCUUCUGCAACGUGUCCGCGAGCAGAUUGAGAGGGUUGUGAAGGCUCCCGCGGAAUCGCAGUCCAAGAUUCUUGAUGCCGAGGCGAUGGAGAUUGCUACAACUGUCAUGGAAUCCCAAGCAGCACUCGAUAACGCAAAGAAAGUAAGCGUCUCCCAAAUCCAAACCCCUGAGCGUGUUCCCCCGAGGACUCAACUGUUUGUCCACACCGGAGCCGAACGGCCUGCAUCAGGACCCUCCAGUUCUGAAUCGUCUGCCAUGUCUUCUCCCCUAUCUCCCGAUCACUCUCCCGUGAUUACUCCCGCGUCACCCACAUCACCCACCACGGAAGACACUGGGGAAUCGUCACACAUGCCCCUUUUCGAGCACUCUGCUUCGUCAAUAGCUGGCACGCGAUCUUCCACAUGGGCAAGAAUGUCAGAUGUCUUUGGCAAAUGGAACAUAGCUCCAUCAGCCCAUCGGCCAACGACACUUGGGGCACCCUCCUCACGUGUGGCAAGUUGAUGCAUGAGGCCCACCAUUUGAGCAAACACAGUUCCUUCGCUUGCUUCGAUCAUGUCUGUCUCUGUCCCG